CCCGGUUAAACCUACUUUGCUGAGUCUGAGGAAAAGCGGAACCUUGCCUGCUGUUGUAUAUUGUCAGCUGAGCACAAGCUAGACAUGUUGUUAGCCAUCUUAGUAAACGCGUUUAAACAACAUAGCCUCAACGGCAGGUAUCACCCAUGUGUGAUGUUUAAGUAGUACAAUUUGCACGGACGCAUCAUCUGAUAAAAUGAAAACGGAGCCAAAUUCGAGUUGGGCCUAACCCUUCCAACCCGUGGGAGAGAGCAGAAGUGCCUUCUUCCUUCUCCCCCACCGUCAACCCCUCGUCCCUGAGACUAACCCCCCCCACACACACACACCCCCCCGGACCUGCGUGCCACUUCCGUAACCAUGACAACGGGGGAAUGCUGUCACCUGCCCGGCUCCCUGUGCGACUGCGCCGGGAACGCCGCCCUGUCCAAGGGCGUGGAGGAGGUGUGCGGCGACGGCCAGGCCGCCCAGUACUUCACACAGGUCACCGCCAAAGAUGGCCGCCUGCCGUCCAUCGUCCUCAAACCUCCGGUCUCACAGAGCGACGGACCCAUCUGCCGCAUCUGCCACGAGUGCGGCGCCGGCGAGAGCCUCCUGUCCCCCUGUGACUGCACGGGCACCCUGGGCGCCGUGCACAAGAGCUGCCUGGAGCGCUGGCUCUCCGCCUCCAACACCAGCUACUGCGAGCUCUGCCACACGGAGUUCACCAUCGAGCGCCGGCCCCGCCCCCUCACAGAGUGGCUGCGGGACCCCGGCCCCCGGAACGAGAAGAGGACCCUGUUCUGUGACAUGGUGUGCUUCCUCUUCAUCACACCCCUGGCGGCCAUCUCGGGCUGGCUGUGCCUGAGGGGCGCUCAGGACCACCUUCAGCUGGAGAGCCGGCUGGAGGCGGUGGGCCUCAUUGCCCUCACCAUCGCCCUCUUCACCAUCUACGUCCUCUGGACUCUCGUGUCCUUCCGCUACCACUGCCAGCUUUACUCUGAAUGGAGGAGAACCAAUCAGAAAGUACGACUGCUCCUCCCCGAUGCCAAGGGCUCCCACACUACCCAGCAUUCCCUGGUGUCAACCAAACUAUUGAAGUCUGCAGACGAGAGCAUCGUAUGAGAUUGAGUGGAGAGCACAGGUAAUGUCGCUAUGGUAAUGCCUGAGGCUUUUGAGAGGAAUCCCCGAUGGACUUUUAACAAAAAGCACUCGUGGAUACGUGUAAUACUAUUUCAUCGAUUCAUCGAUUCCAUCAGCACUUUUUUUUUGUACAUGCUGUUUUUCAUUGAGUUCAUUGUUGCCCGCAACACUUUCUCUGUCAAACUCUCUGGCCCUUUACUACAGCGUUUGCUGAGGCACUGAAUAAUGCUCUCCAACACUUACAGGACUUGCAAACACAAAGAGCCUAGGGCCUGUCUAAUCUAAUUAUUUUCAGUAAUCAACCAUCAAAAAGAUUUCCUUAAAUAUAUGAUGUUUAAAGUUUGUGAUUUGGCCCUUCAUUAGUCUACACAGGAAAAAACAAGGCCACACCAAAACGUCUCUGAUUCAUUCUGAGGGAUAAAACCUUGGUACUUCCCUUAAUCUCAUCGGAAUAUAUCAAUCCCUUUUCUUUGGGAUGAGAAUAUAAAUUCGAAAGGCUUGUAUGUCCAGGCCUCAGAAGGCGUUUCUGAGACCAGACAAUAAAGCACUGAGCUGGAUGGUUCUCAACGUGAUGUCCUGUUGAAGAGGCGCUUCUAGGCAUGGCCUCUCACUCCUACUCACUGGUUUCCGCUAUUAUCUAGUCGUUUUCUAUUUUAUUUAUUACUUUAUACCAACUAGGGCUGAGAGGAAAAUCCUUCUUGAGCAUUUAUUAUUCUUGCACAGGCCGCCAAAGUGCCACAGCUGUGACACGUUGGUGUCAAAGUGUUUUUAUGUGCUUUCACAGUACUAACAGAGGAAUUAUACACAUUUGACAAGACUGUUGAUUAGCUCCUAUUACGUGUGGCAGCAGUUGCUCAUUGUGUAAAGUGGAUUAUAUUUCUAUGUAAGGGACCUGAUCAAUCCCAACCAGCUCUGUCUGAUUCCAGCACAUGGCCUUCAUCUAUCCAGUCAUUGGAUAUUGUGUUGUAAAAAAGAAAAAAAGAAGAGAUUUUAUAUUAAUUUGCUGCAGUCUGGUGCUAUUUCUCAUUUCUCGAGAACCAGCGGCUUUUGUUUCUGUUGUAGUACUUUCCAUGUGUUGGAUGGAUUUAAAUUCAUUGGUGACCCUCUGUUGGUGUUUAAGCGUUUAAGUUCUUCCUAAUGUGCCGUUCUUCACUUGAUGUCAUGUUUAUUGUAGUGGUUCAUUCUCAUGAGUGUGUCUAUUAUGAAGUGUCCCCCGUAGGUUCCAAAGGAACUCUUGUCCAUGAUGCAGCCAGGCCAAACAUUGAGGUUUAUGCACACUGUUCUUAUGUGGUAUUUUUUAUGUGUAUAAAUAAUAUUUUCUGUUUUUUAUUGUAAUCAUGCUUGAACAACAUUUUGCUAAUUUGUAGAUAAGUGAGUCUGACAAUUCCAUUUAUGGAAGUGGUUUGCUGUGGUUACUGCCACCUACAAAUGUAUACUUAUGCAACAAUCGUAUAGUAACUAAAUGGGAGAGGCUUCUUAAUGCAAUUAAUGAGUUAAAAUAACAAAUCAAUGUUUUGAGAAAAGAGAAGAGGUAUUUGGAGAAAUGUCUUGACUGUCAGCAAACAUGUGAUUGCUUAUCCCCUCUCCUUUGCUUUAUAGUGUUGAUGGUCACUUUAAACUUUUUAAAUUAUUAAAUCAUUAUGGUACAAGGGAAUUGGGUAUGAGUGAUAAUAUAUUAAUAAUGCGAUUUUAAAUAGGUAUAACCCCAAAGCACAACACCCUGUUGCACAAACACAGAAACCCAUCCGUAGAUUGAUUCCUGUGUUUGGCCAACGAGGUGAAUGUUGUUGUCAUUCAGAGACGCCAGCGCGGUUCUGUCUGCGUGGUUGGUCUGAGUCAAUCAGCUAUACAUAGACAUGAGUUUACUGUGAUCAGCCACUGGUUAGGGACGCAUCCUAUUAGAACCUUGCAUUGCGACAAUACAUGCAUCGAUAAAAAGUGCUGUUUGCAGAUUCUCUAUACGGGUUAGCCUAUACGACACUUGAACGUAAAGAUUGUAUAGAGUGCAUCUACUUAUUGUACAACAAGGAGCAGAACACCAAGUUGCUCACACAAGAGAGCCAAACUAAGUCUCUCUUCUGCAGUGGGCUGUGUACACAGGUUGUCUACAAUAUAUGCAAACUACCAUCUCUCAAGGGGCCGUAGACCUGCUUUCUCAUUUCUAUUUCUAUUGCAAUUGGAAAAAAAUAGUCAUGGGUUGUAUUCUGUCCAAAGAACCGUUGAGUCAUGUUUUUUUUAAACACAGUUUGUGGCACUCGGACUCCAACGCUGUGGAGAUAACCAGUAGGAGCAUCCUUUGAAUUUCCAACAAAGAAAUCGGGAUUUCAAAUUAUAAUUUUGUACAUCACAGGGAACAUGUUUUUUUUGUGUGAUAUUUGAAUUUGAAUAUUUGUACAUCUGUUUUUAUGGGGGCGGGGGAGUUACCAAUGUAUCCAUUUGUAAUUUAUGUUUGAAAUUAUUCAUGUUAGUAAGUAUUAUGAUGUGCAGUUAAGAGGGAGUUAAGUCUUCACUCAACUACUGUUAUUUGCAAUUCAACAGAGACAUGUUUGCAACGCAAAUAAAAGACAAUGCUUCAUAACGGGA